AUGAGUAGCGUCGACUUCGGCCGCCUCAGCCAGCGUGUCAUCAACAUGAUCUGGGAUCCCGCGCUCCGCAACGACGACGCCUCGUCCAUCUGGUGCCUGGGGAAGUGUUAUGAGUCCAAGCCAGCCUCCGCCCAGGAACAGGGCACCGUGCCCGGCCUAUCUGCAUCACACGGCUCCACGGUGUCGUCCGGCUCGACUGGUGAUGACACUGUCAGCCAUAAUAGCAGUGACGGGGGAAAUGCAGACACCACUCUUCAGUCAGGCGCGGAAGGAGGCUGGCCGGCCCCGUUUCUGGAUGAUUUUGAGGCGCGCAUCUGGAUUACCUAUCGCUCCAACUUCGUGGCUAUCCCAAGGUCGCAGGACCCGAAGGCUGCGUCUGCUUUGAGCUUCGGGGUCCGCUGGAGGACUCAACUUACCGGCCAAACAGACUUCUCCAGCGAUACUGGUUGGGGCUGUAUGAUUAGGUCGGGACAGAGUCUGCUUGCUAAUGCGUUAUUGAUACUCAAGCUAGGCAGAGACUGGCGGAGAGGCCAAAACCCGGAAGGAGAGCGUCGCUUGCUCUCGUGGUUCGCCGACGAUCCAAAAGCCCCUUUGUCGAUACAUAGAUUCGUUGAGCAUGGAGCGUCGGCCUGCGGCAAACACCCCGGCGAAUGGUUUGGCCCCUCUGCCACGGCAAGAUGCAUACAAGCCCUCUCAAAUGGCUAUGAAGAUGCUGGACUUAGAGUCUAUAUCACCGGAGAUGGCUCUGACGUGUAUGAGGAUAGCCUUAUGAAAGUCGCGAAAGAUAGCGACGGCACAUUCCGCCCCACACUAGUCUUGGUUGGGAUCAGGCUCGGCAUUGAUAGGGUCACACCUGUAUACUGGGAGGCUCUCAAAGCAUCAUUGCAGAUGCCGCAGUCGAUAGGAAUUGCUGGUGGUCGCCCUACUCAAUCCCACUAUUUCGUCGGCACCCAAGGCUCCUACUUCUUCUAUUUGGACCCACACACUACCCGAACUUAUCUUCCACAUCAUUCUGAUCCUUCGGCCUAUACGUCUGAAGAUGUCGAUUCUUGCCAUACCCGUCGUCUCCGCCGCCUGCACGUCACUGAAAUGGAUCCCUCGAUGUUGAUUGCUUUUUUGCUCAAGGAUGAGACUGACUGGCGGACUUGGCGGAAAUCAGUCAAGGAGGUGCACGGAAAGCCGAUAAUUCACGUUGCGGACUCCGAACCACCUAUUCACGGCGGGCAAGAACGUGAAGGAGCAAUUGACGAGGUGGAAGCGUUCGACGACGAAGACGAGGAUGGUCUGCAAUAG